AUGAACACGUUUGAAUCGAAUUCACAGGACAAUAACAAUACAAGUUCAGACGAGGAAGACGAAGACGAAGAAGCCAAGGAACUGACUGAUGAAGUCGAGAAAAGUUUUUUUAAAGCAUUGUCUUGUCUCAAGAAAGACGAUCCCAAGAUUUAUGAUGAAUCUGUUAAAUUUUUCAACUCGUCCACUACACAACAAAGUAUCAAAAAAUCUGAUGGCGAUAACAAAAGUUCAAAUCCUAUUUAUUUAGAAGAAUAUAAGAGGAAAAUUUUGUUAGAGCGGGGACCAGAAUUUGAUGACACCGAAGAAAUGAAUGAUGUUCUUAAGAAAGAAAAAGUUCGAAUGUCAUCACCUUCAUAUGUAGAGGAACAGCAAGCAAUUAAAGAAAGUUUUAACUUUGCUCUUGAUGAUAAUUCUGACGAUGAAGACAUAAUAAAACCACGACUAAAGUCUAAAGAAGAACAGGAAAAAGAAGAAAAAGAUUAUUUGGAAUGGUUAAAAGGAAAUCGAGAUGAACUGGAAGAUGAGGAAACAAAAAAUGAUCUUCAACAUUUGCAUGAUUACUGGAACAAUCCUAAUUUGGAUGAAGGAGAACAGUUUUUAUGUGAUUACAUCCUUAAUAAAAGAUUUCUAGAAAACCCAAAAGAUGAAAGUUUAAUAGAAGAUGAAAUGAGAUUUUCUGAAGAGGAUGAAAUGCUUGAGAAACAUGAAGAAUUUGAACAUAAAUAUAAUUUUAGAUUUGAAGAACCUGAUAAAGAAUUUAUCAAAACUUAUCCUCGAACAAUGGAAAGUUCUUUAAGACGUAAGGAAGAUAAACGUAAGAAAAAGCGAGAAGAACUAACUGAAAGAAAAAAAAAAGAAUUAGAAAAACGGUCAUUAGAAAUCAAACAACUUAAAAAGCUUAAAAAAAAAGAAAUUAUUGACAGAAUUAAAAAACUUCAAGAAAUAACUGGAAACAAGCGUGUAGGAUUUGAAGAAACUGAAUUAGAAGAGGAUUUCAACCCAACUGAAUAUGAUCGUAAAAUGCAUGAGUUAUUUGAUGAAGAAUUUUAUGAUAAAAUGGAUGAUGAGAAACCAGUAUUUGAUGAUGAAGAGAAUGAGUUUAUUAUGGACUGUGACUAUGAUCCAAGUAUGGAUAAGAGAACCAAAAAGCAAACUAGGGCUGCAAAACGGAAAGAAAAAAAGAAAACAAUGAUUGAUGAUGAUGAAGAUGAAGGAGAAAUCAACAAUAUUAAAAAGAUACCUAAAUACAAUCCAGCGAAAGGAUCAUUUGAAAAAUAUAUUGAUGAAUAUUACAGUUUGGACUGUGAAGAUAUUGUUAGUGGUGUUCCAACCAGAUAUACUUACAAUAAAGUUCUUCCCAAUGAUUAUGGCCUGACAAUUGAUGAGAUUUUGAGAGCUGAUGAUAAUGAGCUUAAUAAGUGGUAUCCUCUGGGAAAAUUAACUAAAAUUCAACCAGAAGCUGUUCAAAAAUUUGAAGCUAAGAUUUACAAACGAAAAGCUAAAGAUAUUGAAUUAAAAAAGAAAAUGUUACCUAGCCUUUUUAAAGAAGAAUUUAAUGAGGUAGAUGAAGUCCAGGAAGAUAUAAAGAACAUAGUUACAACAAAAAGAAGAAAAAGAAAAAAGAACCCAUAA